GAGAUUGCGGGCGACCUCGCGCCCUGGGCCGGGCGGCGGUUGGGCUCGGCAGAGCUGGAGGCUGCGGAGCGGCAGUGGGGCCACGUCUACUGCCGCUUCCGCGUCGUCGCUGGCGAGCUCAUCACCUGCGACCCCUCCAAGGUGGAGAUCCUGGCCGGCGACGCCGGCGGCGAGCCGCGCGGUCAGUUCGAGGCCAUGGGGCGCGCGGUGCGGGCGCUGCUGGCGCUCGGGCUGCUGCCAGAGGGCCUGGACUUCUUCGUGUCCCCCCACCUGUACGACUUCCUCGAGGUGCCGGUGCCCGUGUUCACGAAG